AGGCGUUAUCAGAAGCGGAGUUUGGUACUUUGUUUGGUCCCCUUAUUAAAGUUUUCGGGUUUAUUAGAAUUUAAAAACGAUAAAAACUAAAACUGUGAUUUUUUAUAUUUCUGUGGUAAAUCUUAAUUUUUUAAUUCAUAAUUGUAAACUUAAUCCUAAACGCUAAAAAUAAAAUAAUUGUUAGCGAAUACAUUAUUCAGUAUAAUAUACAUAGGUAUUGUUGUCUUAUAAUUAUUCGUAUACAAAUAAUUGAAAAAAAUCAAUACAUUCAUCUCUUCGUUUAGAAUCUAAAAUAUAUUUAGAUGAAGCAGUAAUGUGUUGUAUACUUGACAUUUUCGUGCAAAUUGCAUCAUUUUUCAUUGGGUUAUUGGUACAAGUUUGGACGUAUAUUUGGUCCUCAUGGUCAUCAGGUGAAAUUAUUUUUGCGGAACGGGUUGAAGAAAGAGGUAUGGCUACAUCAACAAUUUCUCAAUCAGCUUCUCCCUCGGAUUUUGAUGACUGUGCAUGUCUAGAUGAUAAAUAUAUUAACAAAUAUAUGAAUUUAAUCACAAUACGUUCCGGUAAUAAUGUGUAUGUAUUUGAUACAUUUUUUUUCACUGCCCUAUCUGAGAAAGGAUAUUCACGCGUUCAUCGUUGGACAAAAAAUAUUGAUAUAUUCUCAAAACAAAAAUUGAUGAUUCCUAUUUAUAUCAAAGAAGAAAAUUGCUGGUGUUUAGUGUUGAUUGAUAUGACAAAAAAUGUCUUGAAAUAUUAUGAUAAAUCAGGAAAAUAUGAUCCCAAACACAUAAGAUUGAUAGUCAAGUAUUUGAAGUUAGAACAUGUUAUGAGGAAAGGAGAGUUUCUUAAAACACAGUUUACCGAAUCUCCUAUAAAAAUAUUUAAUUCCGAUGUUGGCAUUUUGGAUUGUGGAUUGUUUAUUUGUGUUAUUGCGGAACAUCUAUCAAGAAAUGCUCGAUUACUUUUUACACUUAAAGACAUGAGGAGAUUCCAUAAACAAAUAUUAUGUGAUUUGACGUGUGACAGUAUCACAUGCUUAAACUCAAGUUAUACUACUAAUAGUACAAAUACUAAGUAAACAUAAUAUGUUCUGUAUAUUUGGCAUGUAUUAUUCAUAUUAAAACAUCAUUAUGCAUUUUUUAGUUUUAAUUUUAAUACCUAAUAAAUAUAUUUUUUUUUUUUUUUUGUAUAUUUAAUGUUUUUAUACUUAUAAUUUAUCCUAAUCUAAGGCUUAGUUAUUAAGUUUUAUUUAUAUAAUUUUAGUAGGAUUGUAUAAUAAAUUUUAAUUUAUUAUCUAAAGUAAUAAGAUAAUAAGAUAAGGUAACUUUAAUAUAAUAUAACAAGAUAACUUGGUUUGUAUUUUUUAAAUAAAAACUGUAAAUUAGAUAUAAUAUUUAAUUCACAAUUAGUAAAUAAUUUAUUAUAAAAUUAA